AUGUCUGUAUCAAAGAUUGCUGGCCUCCUGCUUAGCUCGGCCGCCAUGGUCGCUGGUCACGGUUACGUGUCGGGUGCUGUUGUUGAUGGCACCUACCAGAAGGGCUUCAUUGUCGACACCUACAACUAUAUGGCCGAGGUGCCCGAGAACUUCGGAUGGGCCGAGACUGCCACCGAUCUCGGCUUCGUUGACAGCACCGGCUACUCCGGCCCCGACAUUAUUUGCCACAAGGAUGCCACUCCCGGUGCGAUCUCCGCCGAGAUCAAGGCCGGUGGCUCUAUCGAGCUGCAAUGGACCGAGUGGCCCGAGAGCCACCACGGCCCCGUCAUCACCUACAUGGCCAACUGCAAUGGUGACUGCUCCAAGGUCGACAAGGCCACCCUUGAGUUCUUCAAGAUCGAUGAGGCCGGUCUGAUCGACGACAGCAGCGUUCCCGGUAAAUGGGCAUCUGACGAUCUCAUUGCCUCCAACAACAGCUACACUGUGACCAUCCCCAGCGCUAUCGCCUCCGGCAACUAUGUUCUCCGUCAUGAGAUCAUUGCCCUGCACUCCGCUGGCGAGACCAACGGUGCCCAGAACUACCCCCAGUGUCUCAACCUGAAGGUCACCGGUGGCGGCAGCGACUCUCCUAAGGGCGUGCUCGGCACAGCCCUCUACAAGGCCGCCGAUCCCGGCAUUCUGGUCAACAUCUACACCUCCAUGGACUCCUACGAGAUCCCCGGUCCCGCUCUGUACACCGGCGCUUCCUCGGGCUCCGAGACCACUGCUCCCUCCGCUACCGAGACCACCGCCGCAGCCACCACUGCCGCGCCUACUGCCCCUGCCUCAACCGUGAGUGCUCCUGCCCAGAGCUCCUCUUCGUUCGCGCACCCGCACUUCACCCGCCGUCCCACCCGCAGCCCCAGCGGCACCCCUACUCCCUCGUCUACUCCCUUGCCUACUCUCUCAACUUCCAUCUCUACUGGAAUUGAUUCCGAGUUUACCGGGGUUCCUGUCGUGACCGAGACUGCCACUGCCAUUGCCACUGCCACUUUCACUUCCACUGCUACUCAGGUUACUGACGAGGCUGCCACACAGACUGCCAGCGGUCCCGCCGAUAGCGUCACUAUCACCACCACCUCCCCCGGCCAGUCCGCCCAGAGCUCUGUUCCCGCUGCUGGUGGUGACGCCUCCGAGCCUAGCGCCACUACCACUGCCACUGCUGCCCCUACCGCCGCACCCACCGCAGGCUCCGGCUCCGGUUCUAGCUCCGGCUCCGGCUCUCAGCUGGACCCUAAGGACUUCUCCAAGUACCUCAGCUCCCUGAGCGCUGAGAAGCUCCUCGAGGUCAUCCGCACAACCGUGAAGUGGCUUGUCUCUGACAAGAAGGUCCACGCCCGUGCGCUUUCUUACUAA